CCAUGUUCACGCACAGUGCCCUGGUGCGGGCGCCCGUGUGCUAGCUACACCUCACCAUCACCGGCAGCGAUUGGCGACGGCUGUACGUGCGGUGCCGCAUCAGCCGCCACGAUACACACUAGCUAGCUAGUGUCUCUUUUCUAUGCGCGCGGACUGGCGGGGAGAAGGUCAGAACUCAGAGGAAGGAGACAGCAAGAACACACCCACCACCAACAAGCGUUAUCUAUCUGAGAAUUUUUAACAACACCGGCUUCGCGUCUUCCGCUUCGCCCCCCUAGCUCCUUCGUCGCCUUUCCUCGUUCGCUGCGGAUUCGAGAUCCAUAUAUUCGCCAUUGCUGUCGGCGACUUCGGGGCGCCGACUGUAUGUACUGAUCGUCUUCUGGCCUUGUUGCCAUGGCCUUCCAGAUGGACAACGGCAGGCACCGCUCCCGCGAUCAAGCUUUAACUAUGGUGAAAAAUAAAAAAUAUGCUCCCCCUUGCGCCGGGGAAAGUUCUGAAAAUAAGGAAGCUACAAGAGGCCCUGGACAGGGACCGUCACAGCGAGUUGAGAGAGCCCAACAGCAUGGAGAUGGCGGCAGGGUACAUGCCAAUACUCAAUAUUCUCAACAAGGUGCUCGUGGUGGUCGACGUUACCAGGAUCCAAUACCACAUCAACCCUCUAACGAUCCUGCUAAGUAUCAAGCACGUGGGUGUUAUGGCCGUGGUGCCCCACGCCAAAGAGGAACACCACGACCAUACAAUGACGGGCGUAGGAGUGGCAGUGGUGGACGCGGAGUUCCUACUACUACAUCAGUAACACUUCCCGAACUGCACCAAGCCCCACAAGUCCAUCACCAAGUUCCUGUGGUUACACCUUCACCACCUGAAACUGGCUCAUCCUCACUACAUGUUGAAGUGAACACUGGACAGGUCCAGCUACAGUUUCAGCAACUUGCUAUCCCAGAUCAGAGUUCCUCUAGACAGGGUAUGCAACUAGCACCACCGUCGAGUAAAUCAGUAAGAUUUCCGAUGCGCCCUGGCAAGGGCACAUCUGGCAGUAGGUGCAUUGUCAAAGCGAAUCAUUUCUCUGCGGAACUGCCUGAUAAAGAUCUUCACCAGUAUGAUGUAUCUAUUAUUCCCGAUGUUCCUUCCCGUGGUGUCAAUCGUGCUGUCAUUGGAGAACUUGUAACACACUACAGACAGUCUCAUCUGGGGGGUCGUCUUCCCGCCUAUGAUGGAAGGAAGAGCCUAUAUACUGCUGGGCCGUUGCCAUUUACUACUAGGACAUUUGAAAUUAUUCUGCAGGAUGAGGAGGAUAGACUUGGUGGUCCACAAGUUGCACAAAGGCGUGAAAAAAAAUUUAAGGUCAUUAUCAAAUUUGCCGCGCGUGCUGAUCUCCAUCAUUUAGCAAUGUUCUUAGCCGGGAAGCUACCGGAUGCUCCUCAAGAAGCUAUUCAAGUGCUUGAUAUUGUUCUGCGUGAAUUACCUACUGCAAGGUAUUCCCCAGUUGCCAGGUCAUUUUAUUCACCUAACCUAGGGACGUGCCAGCAACUUGGUGAUGGCUUGGAAAGUUGGCGUGGUUUUUACCAGAGCAUACGACCCACACAGAUGGGACUUUCAUUGAAUAUUGAUAUGUCAUCUACAGCGUUCAUCGAGCCUUUACCUGUUAUUGAUUUCGUUGCACAACUCUUAAACAGAAAUGUUGCAGUCAGACUAUUAUCAGAUGCUGACCGUGUGAAGAUCAAGAAGGCUUUACGAGGUGUAAAGGUUGAGGUCACACAUAGAGGCAAUAUGCGCAGAAAGUAUCGUAUAUUUGGACUUACCUCACAAGCAACAAGAGAAUUAACCUUCCCUAUAGAUGACAAUGGAACCGUGAAGACAGUAAUACAGUACUUCCAGGAGACAUACGGUUUUAACAUUCAGCAUACCACUUUACCUUGCUUGCUAGUGGGCAACCCGCAAAAACCAAACUAUCUUCCGAUGGAGGUCUGUAAGAUUGUGGAGGGACAGCGUUACUCGAAACGACUGAAUGACAAACAGAUAACUGCUCUUCUGUUAGUAACCUGCCAACGGCCCCAACAGCGGGAGCUGGACAUUUUGCAGACGGUGAAUCUCAACGCAUACCAUGAGGAUCCAUAUGCACAGGAGUUUGGCAUAAGGAUUGAUGAGCGCCUUGCAUCUGUUGAAGCUCGUAUCCUUCCUCCCCCUAGACUUAAGUACCAUGAUAGUGGCAGAGAGAAGGAUGUCUUGCCAAGAAUUGGCCAAUGGAGUAUGAGGAAUAAGAAAAUGGUUAACGGUGGGACAGUUAAUGACUGGAUAUGCAUUAACUUUUCUCGGAAUGUCCCAGAUAAUGCUGCGAGGAAUUUCUGUCGUGAGCUGGCUGACAUGUGCCAAACAUCUGGGAUGGACUUUUCAAUUGAUCCUCUGUUUCCUCCUUUAACUACGAGACCUGAAAAUGUAGAGAGAGCACUCAGAGCACGCUAUCAAGAUGCCAUGAAUGCUUUGAAACCACUCGGCAGGCAACUUGACCUGCUUAUUGUAAUUUUGCCUGACAACAAUGGUUCUCUUUAUGGUAAUAUCAAAAGAAUAUGUGAGACAGAUCUUGGAUUGGUAUCUCAAUGCUGUCUUGCGAAACAUAUUUAUAAGAGGAGCCCACAGUAUCUUCCAAAUGUUGCCCUUAAAAUUAAUGUCAAGGUGGGAGGAAGAAAUACUGUACUUGUCGAUGCUUUGUCAAGGAGAAUUCCCCUUGUUAGUGACAGACCAACCAUUAUAUUUGGCGCUGAUGUUUCCCAUCCUCAUCCUGGAGAAGAUUCUAGUCCUUCCAUCGCAGCUGUUGUUGCUUCUCAAGACUGGCCCGAGGUCACCAAGUAUGCUGGAUUAGUGAGUGCACAAACCCGUCGUCAGGAGUUGAUACAAGAUCUUUUUAAAACGUGGCAAGAUCCCCAGAGAGGGACUGUAACUGGUGGAAUGGUUAAAGAACUUCUCAUUGCCUUUCGGCGAUCAACUGGACAGAAACCCCAGAGGAUCAUAUUCUAUAGGGAUGGUGUUAGCGAAGGACAGUUCUACCAGGUUCUGGGGUUUGAGCUUGAUGCCAUUAGACAGGCCUGCGCAUCCUUGGAGCCCAACUAUCAGCCACCUGUUACCUUUGUGGUGGUCCAGAAGCGUCAUCAUACACGACUCUUUGCUAAUAACCACAACGAUCAGCGCAGUGUUGAUGGAAAAAGUGGAAACAUACUGCCUGGCACUGUGGUUGAUUCAAAGAUAUGUCAUCCUACUGAGUUCGAUUUCUACCUUUGUAGCCAUGCUGGUAUUCAGGGAACAAGCCGCCCAGCUCAUUACCAUGUCCUGUGGGACGAAAACAAAUUUACUGCAGAUGGUUUGCAGACUCUCACUAACAACUUAUGCUACACCUAUGCACGGUGCACCCGUUCUGUAUCAGUUGUGCCUCCUGCAUACUAUGCUCACCUUGCAGCUUUCCGAGCUCGGUUCUACAUGGAACCAGAUGCUUCCGAUGGUGGUUCGGUUGCAAGUGGUGUUACCACAAGCCGCGGCCCUAAUGGGCCACGCAGAGCUGUUGGGAAUGUUGCUGUUAAGCCUCUACCUGAGCUGAAGGAAAACGUGAAACGUGUCAUGUUUUACUGCUAAGUUUAGAAGCAACACCUCUGGGCCGUUCCUGUUGAUUUUUGUGAAUGUGUGGGAUUGUCAGUGCUGAGCGUUUCUUAACAAUUGGUACAAACAUGUACUUCCGAAGGUACUCCAUUACCAUCUCGCUGGAUUGAUGUUCUUGGAAAAUUUAAAUUUUUUU